GCGACACUCCGCCAGUACUAGAACGGUCGCCGCCAGGAGCAGAUGUGUGUGACCAGCCAGGAACCGGAUUAUUUGCUCUGAUUAGCCGACUAUUUAUACUAUACAUUUGCGUGUUUUUACUUUUUGGUUUCGCACUUGCACUGAAGUUGCCGGGAAGACAUUUAGAGAAAAAAAAGUUGUUGAAAGAUAAAACUGUUUUACUUCACAGUGAGUGAACAUUAUAUUAUUAAUAGAUUUACGAGUUAGUGUCCCAUGCAUUUUCCCGUGAGAACUCGUGUUAUCUAAACAGUAGUCCUGGCUAGUUGAUGGUUCCAGUGAUUUUGGUGUGGUUCUUUGUUAUAAGAAGUAGGUACGCCUCGUGCGAAACGUGAGACCAAAAUUGUGCGUAAAAAGGCUGAACGCAUUUGUCGCUCGUGCGCGCUGAGGAGGGCUGCGGUGUUUCCAUGGCUGCAUGAUUGUUGGAAUUUUGGGAAGCUGUGACAGGCAGCGCGGAAGUUAUUGUUGAUGUCCGCAUCACUACAUGCUCCGGUGCUUCAGUUAUGCAAAUUUGAUCCGAUUCAUUUGUAUUUGAUGGAUGGUGGCGCUGGCUGGCUUACAGAGUGACGUUGUUGUAAACAAUUACUCAUUCCAAGAUCUCAGCCGUUGGCCACGUUUUCCAAGCUCAUUCAGUUGUCCAGCGAGGAACAGUCUUCCAUAGUUAGUAGUAGAAUAAUAAUCACCUGAUCACCGACCAUGAUGCAUUUCAAGGAAGUCUGUAACCGAAGGUGCAUACUGACCUCCGGCGGGGUCAUCCUAGUAGCCUUUGGAAUCUUCUUCGCUUUCUGCUUCCACGCCGUUUUUCUCGACAUUUUAUACGAGGAACUCAAACUCCGUCCAACGUCCCGAGGGUACGAUGCGUGGGUCACUCCCCCGUUUCCACUAUCGAUGGAUGUGUACUUUUUCAACUGGACUAAUCCGGAGGACUUGAAGAAUCAGAGCAUCAAGCCAAUUCUGGAGGAGCUCGGUCCGUAUCGGUUUACCGAGCGGCCCGAGAAGGUGGAUAUCGUGUGGCACGAUCACAAUGCGACCGUCAGCUACCGGAAGAAGAGUGUGUACUACUUCGACGAGGAGGGAAGCAACGGCUCGCUGGGUGAUGUGAUUAGCAGCAUCAACGUGGUGGCUUUGUCUGCAGCAAAUCGAGCCCGAACCUGGAACUACGUUAAGCAGAAGGGUGUUUCGAUGGGCUUGAAUCUUUACAACCAGGAUGUGUUCGUGGUGAAAACCGCCGGCGAGCUGCUAUUCGAUGGCUACGAAGACAACAUGGUUCUCAUGGGGAAGCAACUCUUCGAUGCCAGCGAGGUACCGUUUGAUCGAGUUGGCUGGUUCUAUACGCGCAACAACUCUGCUGAUUUGAUCGGCCACUAUAAUGUUCACACUGGAGUCGAUAACAUAGCGAAAAUCGGAUCCAUGGCUGAGUGGAACUACAAACCGCGGACAGACUUUUUCGCCGGUCACUGCGGCAUGUUGAACGGUUCCGCCGGAGAAUUCUACCCGCCAAAUUUAAGCAAAGACGUUCCGAUUCAACUAUUCACACCGGAUAUGUGCCGCAGUUUGUCGUUGGAUUUCGAACGGGAAGUGCAAAUUGCCGGCAUCAAGGGGUACAAAUAUUCCGGUGGACCGCGCACAGUAGACAACGGAUCGGCAUUCCCGGAGACGGCUUGCUUCAGUUCGGGUGAGAUCGUGCCCUCGGGAGUGCUGAAUAUUUCGUCUUGCCGGUAUGGAACACCGGUGUUCAUGUCGUUCCCGCAUUUCUACGGAGCCGAUGAGUACUAUCUGAACCAGGUGGAGGGGUUGAGUCCUGAUCGGAGCAAGCAUCAGUUCUAUAUGACAAUGGAACCGACUACUGGCAUUCCUUUGGACGUGGCGGCUCGUUUGCAGUUGAAUAUUCUUGUGGAAUCGCAUCCAAAUAUUGCCCUCUAUGAGGACGUGGAACGGGUCUUCCUUCCGGUGCUCUGGUUCGAGCAGCACGUUACGAUGCAGCCGGAGUUUUCCGGUGAGAUUGCUCAGGCCCUUAGCAUUCCGACGACGGCCCGCAUCUGCGGCAUUGUGAUGCUCGUACUGGGAGCCGUGAUGAUUGCGUGGAUCCCGGUCGAACACUUUGUGUUCCACCCGAAGCGACGGCGUGACGCCGUUAAGGAUGCCGCCACAGAAAAAGUGCUGCUGCAGCAGAAUCUAGCCAAGACGACCAUCCUGCUGCCGAUGGAGAAGGAAAUGGAAGCGUCCGGGAAGAAGGCACAUCAGACCGUCGAGGCGCAUCCACUGAUCGAAACCAGUUCGGUUCGAUUGGUUAGUGAGAAUGGAGUCACGAAGACGUGAGACGAGCCGUCGUCGGAUGAGCAGCAACGGAUAUCCUACCAAAAAGACUUUCUUUCGCUAUCGUUGGGGAGGGGGAAGAAGCCAUCCAGUUCUCUAAUUUUACUGUUAAAAGCAAUAGUUUGUAGGUGCCUUAAUUGUAUUGCUGACACUUCACCAGGUGUUGACAGGCUAGAUGACAAUCGACUGGCGCGUUUGGUCCGAGCUAAAAAAAUUAACGAUCAAAGUCCUGUGGAGAGUAACGACUAUGGGACAUGUAAGGAUUCCUCAUUUAGGUUAAGUGUAAACGUUGGUUACCUUGAAAUAUAAGCGCCAUUGAAGCAAAGUACCAAACUACUAUUUAGAUUUAUAGUAAAGCAAUACCAAUAGACCUAUAUUUCCACUUCUGUUGGAGGGAAAGGUAAUUUAACGCCAUGUAUUUCGUUUGAAGAAGAGAAACUGAGAUUAGUUCGAAUAUGCCAACCAGAUGACGGAAUACAUUUGGCUUUUAAUGGCAUCGAAAACAAAAUCCAACGGGGGUUUCUAGUAGUUACUUUGAUAGUCUGCAUUUGAAAGACAAUCAACAGGUUUGCCUAUUUAAGAAGCGGAUAUUCCAGGUUUUUAUACAUUUAACGUUAUAUUUGGAACAUUAAUAAAAUAAUAAAAUUAAUAAUCAAA